UAUUUCUUAUCUCUUUUUUUAUCCUGCUGCUGGUUUGGGCUGGCUGAUAAACGAUAGCAAGUUUCUCUGGCAAUUGUAUAGCUUUUAAUGGUUCAUUAACUUGUAGAGGAUUUAAUAUUUUACUUCCACUAGAAGUUACAAACCCUUGCAGCUUCCAUGACUGCCCAGUACCAUAGCAUACUCCAAAUGUGUAUUGAGAAUCAUUAUAAAUAUUUAGCUUUUUAUUUGGUCAGCUGAUAGAUCUCUUUUGUUAACACAGUGAAUUUGUCUGCUUGUACACUCAGCUUAGGACUGAGUGGUGAAGCUUCCACUGCUUCGUUCACAGUACUUAUCGAAUAAGCCAUCAGGCAGUUGCUGCUCACAUAAUAUGAGGACCUGCCAACAAAAGGUUCCAGGGAACCAGGAGCUCAGAAGCAUGUCUGGGAAGCCUAGGCUUACCUACCUUAAUGGAAGGGGGCGAAUGGAGUCCAUACGAUGGCUGUUGGCAGCAGCUGGUGUGGAGUUUGAAGAAAUUUUUCUGGAAACAAAAGAGCAAUAUGAGAAGAUAAUCAAAGAUGGAAGCCUGAUGUUCCAGCAAGUGCCCCUGGUUGAGAUCGAUGGGAUGAAGAUGGUGCAGACCAGAGCUAUCCUCAGCUACAUAGCAGGGAAAUACAAUCUCUACGGGAAAGACUUAAAGGAGAGAGCCCUGAUUGACAUGUACGUGGAAGGAAUAAUAGAUCUGAUGCAAAUGAUUUUGGUGUUUCCUUUCUCUCCACCGGAGGCAAAGGAGAAAAAUCUUGACUCAAUUAAGGAGAGGGCAACUAACAGGUACUUCCCAGUCUUUGAAAAGGUUUUGAAACAACAUGGCCAAGACUUUCUGGUGGGCAACAAAUUCAGCUGGGCAGAUGUUCAGCUAAUUGAAGCCAUUUUAGCAGUGGAGGAGAAAGUACCUGCUGUGCUGUCAGGGUUUCCUAAGUUGCAGGCUUUUAAAAUAAGAAUGAGCAAUAUGCCUACAAUUAAGAAGUUCCUGCAGCCUGGCAGCCCAAGGAAACCUCCACCAGAUGAACAUUAUGUAGAAACUGUGAGGAAGAUUUUUAUGAAAUGAAUGCCUUGCUACCUUCAGUGAGACCCUAAAUACUGGUGUGGGGGGAGGAACCAAAGGGAAGAGGAAACUCAGUAAAUUGUUAUCAUUGUCAUUAAAACCAAUGGUUAAAAAGUAAAACUGACUUACUACCUGUA